CCGCUACCAAAACUGAAAGUAGUCACGACCAAAAGAACCGUGUAUUAAAAUGUGCUACAGGAUUCCCGUUAGUUAUACUCAUUUGUUUUAUUUCUUUUCAUUUCACUAUUUGUCGAUUUUGCUUCCAGUCUUUGUACUUUAGUUCCAUUUUUUCAUCUUGGCUCCAGAAUUCUAGUUAAGUUCUGUUUCCGGUUUACGAACGUCUCUUUUGGCGCUUUCAUCUCGGAUUCCACUCAGUUUCGUCGAUCUCUCUGUUCCAGGCUUCUCUCAGUAUUUUACAUCGGGACAGAAGAAAGAAUGGAUUGAAGAAAGAAAUGGCUUCUUCCAAAGAUGAGCAAACACAGGAUCUUUCAGAGCUGAGGAUUGUUCUGCUGGGAGGGAGGUGGACUGGGAAAAGUUCAGCAGGAAACACCAUCCUGGGGAGAGAAGAGUUUGUCACUAAGAGAAGAACUGCGCAGUGUGUGAAGAGACAGAGUGAAGUGGCUGGGAGGCAGGUCACUGUGGUCGACACACCAGGAUGGUGGAAGGACUGGUCUGUGGACGGAACACCAGAGGCUGACAAACAGGAGAUUGUGCACAGUGUGUCUCUGUGUCCCCCAGGACCCUGUGCUUUAUUUAUUGUUUUAAGGGCAGAUGCUUCAUUCACAGAGACAGAGAGGAGGUCACUGGAGAAACAUUUGGAACUUCUGAGUGGGACAGUCUGGAGACACACUAUAGUGCUGUUCACCAGGGGAGACUGGCUGGGAGACAGAACUAUUGAGCAGCACAUAGAGGCUGAAGGGGAGGCUCUCCGGUGGCUGGUUGGGAAAUGUGGGAACAGGUAUCAUGUUCUCAACAAUCAGAAGAGGGGUGAUGUCACUCAGGUCACUGAGCUGCUGGAGAAGGUGGAGGAGAUGGUGGCAGGAAACAGUGGAUGUCACUUUGAAAUCAAUAGAAUGAUCAUAGAGAAACUGGAAGUGAAGAGGAGAUCAGUGGAAGAGAGAGCAAAACAGAGGAUGAUGAAGGUGGAAAAUCAGAGGAAGACACUCAGGGCCCUAUUUAAAGGUGGGUUCAUUUUAAGAUGUAGAUUAAUUAAAAUUGCAUUUCUUUUUAGAGGGACACCAAGGACGGGAACAACGGAGGGACGACAGCAGGGGGCAAACCAGCGAAAGGAGGAGUGAAGGGACCAGGAGGGAACAAAAGCACAGAGUAACGGGGAGCAAACACAGGGGACACAAAACCAGGGGGCAAGGAAGCAAAGGACAGGGGGAAGUGGGGAACCGGAGGGAACCCUGGUGGGUGGAAGGCAGGAGCCGCAGGGGCCACAGGUGACCCCGAGGUCGGAGCUGGAGGGACCUUCGGCGAAAGCGAGGCAGGAGCUGGAGGUGACACUGAAGGGGGCGAGGAGGAAUAUGGAGGGACUGACGGAGGGGGUAAGGAGGAAGAUGGAGGGGACACCAGCGGAGGAGAGGAGGGAGGUGAAGGGGACACCGGAGGAGGAGAGGAGGGAGCAGAAGCCGUGGCAGGUGAAGGUGUAGCCACAGUCAGCAAAAUAGGGGGAACCGCAGGUGACUGUCGAGCUGGAGGCAGGGGGACCACAGGCAACCACUGAGCCAAAGCCAGGGGGACCAAAGGCAAGCCAGUGGGCAGGGAGGGCGGGACCCGACCCUGGCACAGGUGUCCUUGUCCACUCCAUGAGAUGGAGAGACGGGGACCCGGCCAGGAUCGACCACGCUGGUGUAGUGGCUGGGGUGACCCACUGGAGCGGUUCAGUUGUGCAGUCAUUAGGGCGAUCCCCAAGGGGUCCCACUCGAGCGCCUCCUCCUCCAAGGAGGAAGGACCAGUGGUCCAGGACCUCCGCAGGGACUGGGGACAUGGGAGAUGGGGGCCCAAGAGCAGGAACUUCCGAGAUGAGUCACGGGGGCACGAGAACAGGAACCUCUGGGACAAAGACCAUUGGGACUGAUACAGGAACCUCAGGAGUGGGAACCACGGGGACUGGAACAGGAACCUUGGGAGCAGAAACGACAGACUGGAACAAGAACCUCAGAAGCGAGAUCCACGGGGACUAGAACAGGAACCAUGACGGGCGGAACAGGAGCUGUCGGCACAGGAACCACGGGGGGCAGAGCAGGAAGGGCCGGCACAGGAACCAUGGGGGGGUGGAGCAGGAACCGCCGGCACAGGAACCACAGGGGGGUGGAGCUAACACCCCUUUUUUUGGGGAACUUGGGGAUCCAGGGAAUCACAUCCUCUUCCGACCUGACACCUUUACGGGCCAGGCGUGUGCCAACGAAGGCACAGGCAUUGGAGACUGGGAUGAGGGAAACCGAGCAUUCUGGGAGGUGCGUCUCAGGAGUCGGUGCAGUGAGAUCAGGCACUUCCGAAGCCAGCUUGCUGGAAGUGGAGGCUGGUGACCUGGGCGCGACAAACACUGCUGGAUCGAGCACCGUGAGGUAAACCCCUUUAGGGGCGACGUGGAAGCAAGCGGGACCUGCGUCAGGCUGAAGGGGAUUCCCCGAGGGAUCCGCCGCUCCACUUCUUCUUGGCCACUUUUGUUGGAGCCGGGGCUGGUUCGGCCAGUGGGUCGGGGGUAGUCCGCAGUCCAAAGCUACCUUUCCAAGCAUCACCUUGACCACCCCGCUCCCUCUGCGAGGUGCGAAUCUUUGGAUGGGAAGAUUGCCUCCAGGAUCUCCCUCGAGUCUGCAGCCAGAGUGUAAGCCAAGGGGUCUUCCAGGACCUCGGGCUGUGUCAGCCAGUACAGUACCUCAUCUGUGUGACUGUGGUAUUCUUCUGUGGACAGGCAAGGCAUCUUCUUAUGGAGUCCUGUCAUUCUGUCAUGACACGGCCCAGGGAAGCAGGAGCAGGGAGACAGAGAAUCGGGAAACAAGUUAAAACAGCAAGGCACACGGG